GUCUUCUCUUUCCAAUACAGUAGGAGGCGCUCUGUAGCUGUUUAGUCAGACGAUAAACACACUAAACAAGGAAAGAAAGGAAGAACUCAAACAUGAACCGCUUGUUGACAAUGAGAGAUGAGAUGGAUGUGACGUGCUGUAAAUCAGUAGGAACUGAUCUGUCCAUGCGGGAUAUUGAUGAUUUCAUCACAGAAAUCUCUCAGCUGAAGAAAGAGGUGGCGUUACUGGAGGCAAAGCUGAGGUCGAGAGGAGAUGAAGGACUGAAGAGAGAGGUUUGUUGUGAAUCUUCAGUGUGUGUGACUGAUGGGAGUCUGGAUUCAGUGUGGAUGAGCAGCAGAGAUCAGAGCCGCACACCACAGCCACUGCUGGACAAACACACACAGGACUCAGAGCUCAGUCUCACUUUACUCUGUUAUACUGAGUCAAAACCCACAGAUGAUCAGGAGGACACCACAGUGUGUGACAGUAAUCAGAGCUUACAGGAGGAUCAAACCUCUACACAGUCUCUGGAUUCUGUCUAUAAUGCUGGAGAACAUCAGCAGAUCCUGAAGAUGUGUUCAGUCAAACUCAUCAACUGCAGGACCCUGAUGAUGAAAAUAAAAACUGAACCCACAGCUGAAGAACAUCACACUGAGGAAGAAGAGGAUCCCACAGCUGAAGAACACGACUCUGAGGAAGAUGAGGAUUACGAUGAUGAUGAUGAUUUUAUUCCUUCAGAUGUAAAGAGUGAUUCGUAUGGAGAAAUAACGUCCUCAAGAUCAUCAAAAAAGCGACUGACAACACAAACUUUUUCCUGCAUCAUCUGUGGAAAGACAUUCAGCUCACAGGGACAUUUAGAGAGACAUGAGAGAAAACACACAGAACAGAAACUCUUCACUUGCAGCAGAUGCAAGAUCAGCUUUACCACCUUACAAGAUAAGAAACUUCAUUUAGAAGCAAAGCACAAAGAGGAGAAGAAGAGGCACUUUCACUGUGAGAAGUGUGGGAAAAAUCUUUUUGCACCAACGUCUACUAUAAAUAAUCACAUGAAGACACACAGUGAUGAAAAGCUUUUCCACUGCAGUGAAUGUAACAAAUAUUUCUCCAACAAUGGAAAUCUCGUCGCUCAUAAGAGAACUCACACAGGAGAAAAACCAUACAAGUGUCCUCACUGUGAGAAGAGAUUUAGUAAUCCAUCCUAUAUUAAGAUACACGUGCGUUUACACACCAAUGAGAGACCGUAUCAGUGCAGUGAAUGUGGAAAAACCUUUACGGUUUUAGAAUCUUUAAAAUCACACAAAAGAACCCACAGUGAGGAGAAACCCUAUCAGUGUUCAUACUGUGAUAAACGUGUCAGCUAUAAAUCUCAUCUGAUAUCCCACGAGAGGAUUCACACUGGAGAGAAACCUUACCUCUGCUCUCACUGUGGAAAAAGCUUCUCUAAUCCAACUGCUUUUGGCUUUCAUCAGAGAGUUCACACUGGAGAUAAACCUCAUCCCUGUGAUGUUUGUGAGAAGAGCUUCAGUCGACAUGACCAUUUAGUGAGACACCAGAGAAUUCAUACCCGUGAAAGACUUUACAAAUGCUCUCAGUGCGAUAAGACAUUCGCUCGAUCAGAUGUUUUGAGAACCCACCAGAGAGUUCAUACUGGAGAGAAACCUUACUACUGCUCCAUCUGUGGAGAGAGAUUCGCUUAUUUAGGAAGUUUUCAGAGUCAUCAGAAGAAACAUGCUGAAGAACAAACUACAAUGACGACAUCAUAGCACUGUUUUUUUUAUUUAUAUUUUUUGUGAUUUUCCAUUAGGGCUGAACGAAAUAAGAUCGGAGCAGUCGUCAUGUAAAGGGGGAUUGGGUUGCAACGACAAUUUUUUAUUGGUUCGCAUCGCAAGCUUCAUCUGCACUUUAAAAACACUGUUUAAAGGUCCUGUUCUCAAAACGAUCUCUCUUUACUUCCGGUCAUAUGGUAUGGCAGGUGGGCGGGGUCCGGGAGAUCGCUGCGAUUAGCAAAUUGCAACACGACCCAACAUCAAAUGAUCCUAUUAGAUCUCGAUGGACAAAUGAAAAUGGGUACGUGGUGGUCAUAAAGGGAUGGACAUGGUCAGAAACAAUGCUCAGGUAGGCCGUGGCAUUUAAACGAUGCACAACUGGCGCUUAAAGGGGCCUAAAGUGUGCCAAGAAAACAUCCCCCGCAUCAUUACACCACCAGCCUGCACAGUGGUAACAAGGCAUGAUGGAUCCAUGUUCUCAUUUUGUUAACGGCAAAUUCUACAUUCACAUUAUUAGCGACUUAGUCGCAGUGUGUCGCUCGUCUCUUUCAAAAGAGGCGUUUCUAAAUAUGGUUGUCAUAAAUACAAUUAAAUCUCCAAUCUUCAGUAAUUUACGAGAGACGGAUGACGUGAACUACACUGCUUCGGUCUCAUUGGUCACGUGACUGGACACGCCCAAUCCAGUCGCCAACGGUCACUGUCGCCGGAUGUCGCCGAACUUCCAUUGAAAUGACAGGGAUCACGGCACUCUGCUACUGCUAGUCGCUGCUAGUCUGAUUGCAGCUUUAGGGUUCAGUCACACCAAAAGCGCUUUAAACGCUUGCAAACGCAAGGCGCGACGCACUGCCUUUUUUAAAAAAAGAGUAGUGCGACGCGGCUUUUCAUAUUGCUAAGCAACCACCGAGUCAGCUGUCUUGUCAAUCAAACAUUGAAGCGUGAGCGCUCUUUUGCUGUUAACUGUCAUAUUAGCAGAAACUUUAAAAAGAGGGCGCUUGCUCUGACCUUGUUUGAGGGUGAGAGGUGCACAAACACGCAGGAGAGAGUGAGCGAGUGGAGUCCGGUUCUUCAAAGCAACUGUAAACUUCCCUCACCACAACGUAAGGCCCGCCUCUCCCCUCAUUCGAUUGGACGAUGGAAAGCUGCGAAUGACGUCGGGCGCUUUUCCGCUCUCAGCGCUCCUUCAAAAACGCGUGCGCGGCAGGCGGCAAAAAAACGCAAGGCGCUCGGCGCGCAUAAACAGCGCGCAAACGCGCCCUGCCCAUAGAAUAUCAUUCAAAAAAGGCGCCUGCAACUGCCAUAAACGCUUUUGGUGUGACUGGCCCCUUAGUCGGCAGCUCCAGUCUGGAUACAUUGUGAAUCCGCCCCAGAGUUUAUUGCUAUUAGGGGCACUGUGUUAAUGAAUGUGUAUAUGAGUUUACAAUCAAUGCAAACAAAACAAAGUGACAUUUUAUUAGAAAUCAUGAUUACGUUGUAUAGUAUAAAACAUUAAAAUAAAAUAUUAUAAUAAAACAUUAAAAAAACAUAUAAAAUAUUGCUUGUUUUUAUUGCACAUGUGGGAAUUCAGAAGCUGUUGAGUGGUAAAACCCAGACUUUUUAGGAGAAAAAAGUGGAUCGCCGACUACGUUUCCCCCUAGUGGGCGCAGUUCUACUAAUAGGAGUACUAUGAAAAGUUGCCUGUUUCCAC